AUGAGACUCCAGCGGGUGUACGUCCGCGCACUGUGGCUGCUUCUCUUUUGCGGUUGGGCAAUGGCCAAGUCUGUCCCUGAUCUGGACGAGGAUUGCGAACUCAACUCCGAUACAAUGCACGACUUUUGCUGCGAUCUGCACGACGAGAGUCCCCACUUCAGCGACUGCCAGAUGGAGUGGCACGAGAAGAUCCACUACACGACGGAGCAGGAGGAGCAGACCUACAUGUUUUGCACCGCCGAGUGCACUUUCAAUGGCACCGAUUUCUUGGGCAGCAAUCGCCAGUCGCUGGAUCUCGCAGCGGUGCGGGAGCAUUUGGAGAGCGAACUGGCCAACGAUCAGGAUGAGGCGCUGAUGCAUCGAACCUAUGUCCAGUGCGAUAAGCACGCUCUCUCGCUGCUGCCCCACAAGGGCGUCAGGUCGCUGGCCAAGCGCAUGGCUCGCUUCGGAUGCCAUCCCUAUGCUGGGCUUGUCAUGGAGUGCGUGGCCAACGAGAUGAUCCUCAACUGCCCGGCCAAGCGCUUCCAUCAGACGCCGCAGUGCGUGGAGACCCGCAACCAGCUGCGCCAAUGCCAGCAGUACCUCAAGUACAGAUCCUAGAGUGAUCCGGAGUGAAAUAAACAGUGGAACAU